UAUCUACAGGCAGAUGUCACACAAAUUGAGAAAAUCCCUCUUGGCUCCGAUGAAUCAUUUCUUAAUCUGUCUGAAGGGAAUUUAAACACGGAAACUGAUAAUUAUACACGCUUGUUGAACGAGUAUUAUAAAAUCGAGGAGCAGAGACAGACAAUACUUCAGCAGCUUCAACAAUUUGGCAAUUUGAGUUGCCAAGUUUCAGUUCCUGAUACACAGUAUGAUGGAUAUCCUUCUCAAGAUGGAUACGGCUCCUCUUCUUGUUGCCCAUAUUCUGGUCAAUGCUUUAUGGCUCCAUGUUCCUAUGGAGGGACCUGUGAAUAUGGCGAAACUUGUGAUGGAACUACAGGAAUUCCAUCAACUUAUUCUCAAGCUGAUGAUGUUACCAAAACAGGAACAGAAAUUCCAUCAUCUUAUGUUCAAGCUGAUGAUGUUACCAAAACAGGAACAGAUCCUGCAGCUUCUGAUACUUGUAUAAAACAUAUUAAUGAAAAGGGUGAAGAGACAAUUGGGCAAGUGACAGAAACUUCUAGGUCGAAGACGGACCUUAGUACUGUUCUCGAGGCAUGGUUUUCUGCGGGUUUUCAUACUGGCAAAUAUGAAGCAGAACAAGCUAAUAUAAAGAAAGGACAAUGAAGAGGAGGUGUUUUGGUCUAUGCUACAUUUAUAGGUACGAAGAUAAUUUUCUUUUAAGCGGCUAAAAGUUUGUGAUACUACCAAUAUUUCGUGUUGGUUGUAUGCAUAACGAUGCAAAUGAUGGUUAAGUUGGGAGGAAAGAAGAUCUAUUUUUGAAUUCGAUGUUUCAGACUAUAGACAUUGUUUUGUUUGUAUAACUAUACCAGUUUAGUGUGAGUUUUAUGGUUGAGUUAAAUACUUAGUAUCAAC